GCAGAGGGGGGGGGGGGAAGGCGGAACAAACCGGUGUGCUCCUCGGAUACAUGCUGUAGCUGCUCGCCCGCACUGCAGAUUAACCCUUACCGCUCCGGCAGAGGCAGCCAGACAUGGAAAAGGUGAGUCAGAGCUUUGUCUGACUGAAGAGUCUUCAGCCAGCGAUCGGUCUCCUCAGGGAUCACAGGGACGACUCCUAACCUGAGCUCAUCCCUCAUCCCACCUCAGAGUGUGUGUGGACUGGAGCCAGGCACUGUGGAGAUGGGGCGCAACACAGAGGAGAGCGAGCCAGGAGUGUGUGUCUGAACAUUAUGUCCGUUCUGCAGGAGCAAAGCUGUGAGAAACCGUAGAAACCUCAAAGCUCUGAAGAAGUCAGACCGCACAGUAUGACCGCUUUCUUAACCACGUGUGGUGACAGAGGCUGAAGCCUGCCAAACCUUUCUGUGUGUGUGUUUGAACACAGCAGCAGCAGCAGCAGCAGCAGUAGGGAGGGUCAGCUCUCCCCUACGACCCUGAGGGAGGUUGUAGCGUUCGCUCUUUGUGUUCCGGAUGCAGAACAUCCUCGAUCAAAACUUAGACAUGGCCACAGCUCUGCUCGCUGGCGAGAAGCUGAAGGAGCUGAUCCUGCCCGGCUCCUCCCAGGACGAGAGGGGCGGCGCUCUGGCGGGCCUCAUGGUGCAGCUCAAACUGGAGCUGCCCUUCGAUCGUGUCGUCACAAUCGGGACGGUCAUCAUCCCCAUCCUGCUCGUCACCCUCGUCUUCACCAGGAACUUUGCAGAGGAGUCCAUUUACUGUUACACACCACACAACUUCACCAGAGACCAAGCGCUGUAUGCACGGGGCUACUGCUGGACAGAGCUGCGGGACGCCGUACCUGGAGUGGAGUCUCACCUUUGGCCUUCACUGUUUGAACACAAGUUCCUGCCGUACGCCCUGCUGGCCUUCGCUGGGAUCAUGUACAUUCCUGCUCUGGGCUGGGAGUUCCUCGCCUCCACACGGCUCACUUCAGAGCUCAAUUUCCUGCUUCAAGAGAUUGAUAACUGCUAUCAUCGAGCCGCUGAGGGCCGAGCCCCAAAGAUCGAGAAGCAGAUCCAAUCCAAAGGACCUGGCAUAACUGAGCGAGAGCGGAGGGAGAUCAUCGAGAACGCAGAGAAGGAGAAGAGCCCCGAGCAGAACCUGUUUGAGAAAUAUUUGGAGAGACGAGGACAAAGUAACUUUCUGGCUAAGAUUUACCUCGCACGCCACCUGGCCAUUAUCUGCCUCAGCUCCAUCCCCAUUUCCUACCUGAGCGCCUACUACGCCCGCCAGAGGCAGAAUGAGUUCACCUGUGCUCUAGGUGAGCCUCCGGACAUUAGCAGCUAUGUAGAGCUAAAGUUAAAGGUGAACUGUAAGCUGUCUGCUGUGCAGCUGCAGCGCAUCAUGGCAGCAGUAGACCUCGCUCUGCUCUGCACCAUGAACCUCAUCAUCCUCCUAAAUUUGCUGCACCUGUUUGUGGUGCGGAAGUCCAACUUUGUGUUCGACAAGCUGCAUAAAGUGGGUAUAAAAACUCGGCGACGCUGGCAGAAGUCUCAGUUCUGUGACAUCAACAUCCUGGCCAUGUUCUGCAACGAAAACAGAGACCACAUCAAGUCGCUCAACCGGCUGGACUUCAUCACCAACGAGAGCGACCUCAUGUACGACAACGUGGUCAGGCAGCUGCUGGCAGCGCUCGCUCAGUCCAACCACGACGCUACACCCACUGUGAGGGAUUCUGGGAUACAGACACUCGAUCCCAAUAUGGACCCCAGUGACCUCGGAGUGGGAGAGAUGGCAGGGGAGCCGCUGGUCAUCAAACGGCCUCGUAAAAAGAUGAAAUGGAUCCCGAGCUCCAACCCUCUCCCUCAGCCGUUCAAGGAACCUCUCACUAUGACCCGUCUGGAAAGUAACACCAAGCCUGAAAAACCCAAACAGCUCAGACGGAAGACGGGGACGGACAACUUCAUCGCUCCUCUUCUGGACAGCAAAAGCACACAACAUCCUGCGACAAAAGACAUCAGUGGGAUGGAGAAGAAACACACUCGCAACUUCUCUCUGGACGUCCACCCGUACAUGCUGACCAUCCGGAAGCCCAAAGUGGAGGUUACAGCCACAGAACCUCUGCCUGUAGAGCACAACCUGGAUGCGGUGUACCUUGAAGGCACCCACACCAUUGUUCAUGUUUCAGGUGCAAUCACAGAAACUAAAGUAUGUUCUCCGGAAUCGACCAACGCUGCCUUUUCUAGGAUGACCCUGCCCACCACGACUUACGUGAACGGCGUGAGCCCGAACCCUCCCUCCAGUGAAGACGCCCUCAGCCCCAAGUCCUCCCCUCCUGAGCCUCUCCUCCAGACGGUGGAAAACCCUGAGUCUCAGCCUCCACCCCUGACCAUAGCCCCCACCCACCAGCUGCUGAGCAUACACCACACGCUGUUCGAGGAAGACGAGGGCGAAGAAACCCGACGAGACAGGCUGGCAGAGAGACCCGGGGAGCUCAUCGCUGCCGGGGAGUGUUGAAGGAGAGGAGCGCUGACGGAGAUUCCUUUAGCACCGACACGUCGCACAUGUCACCACCUCCUUUGACCCCCUCUGCUCUUUGAAUAACCUUCUGUGAUAGGUGGUGGAGUCGCACUGAUGAGCGGAAGAUGGACAGUGAAAAAAAAAAACUUGGGUUGAUGUAAAAAGCAAAAUGACUUUUUUUUUUUUUUUUUUUUAGAUAGAUCAAUUAUUAGGAGAGGGUAAGGCAGAAAUGUUUAUGUACUUAAAAAUGAAAGUAUGACUGCAGGAAGUGAUGUCAGGUACAUGUCUCAGGAUGUCUGUGUACGGCUAAACACCCUCCAAUGAAACCAGCAGUGAUACAUUUCAACAGGGUGCUACAGGUACAUCUCAAAGGUCUAACGAGAGAAAGAGCAGCACUGAGAGCUGAGUGAGCUCUUCAAAGAACGGCACACACCUUAUCGAUGCACAGAGGACUGCAUCGCUUCUUCACCGCCAUGUAUUUUAAACACAUAUGAUAACGCUUAGUCCCUUUACCCCACUAGCUGAGUAGAAAGGUAGCUCACGCAAUACAGUUGUUUAGGUCUGCACAAGUAAUAUGCAAAUGAUCACAACAUGUUUGUGGCAAUAAUGUAUGCGCUUAAGGCAUCAUCUUCCACAGAAGGCUAAACAUUUAUAGACACUGUAUAUGAGUCAGUGUUUGUGGGGCGUUGGAAAUAUAACACGCGUCUCUCAUGGCUUCAUAAUGGCCAUUUCACAAUGUGUAUCAGAACCUGACUCCUUUAUAUUUGCACGUCAUUAAAAAGUAGGCAAAUUGGAAUUUUAUAUAAAAGAAAAACAGCAAACAGACUCUUCGCUGAAACUUUGGCAGCGUGAGGCGAUGUGUGACGACACGCUUGCUCAGAGAAACUGCCAGAUUUGUUUAACAGGCACCAGACUCCUACGACAUGUUGUGAAGGGCAGUGAUGAGGGUGUUCACCCCUUGAAAGACUUUAACAAAACAGAUGACUCGAGCUGGACUCACCGAGAAAGGAUGUGACGUUAUAGAGUUCUGCUGGCUUCUUCUCUGUGAGCUGAAGUGAAUGAGUCAGUUUGAUAUCUUUCCAAACGGAGGAAAAGGUUCACAACAGAAAUGUAGGUUUUGUUUGUCAUCGUCUGUCCCCCACAACAAGAGACAUUUCUGUCCUUAUUCUGCACUUCCUGUGUGCUAACAUCAGCCCUGAAGGAAUCAGAAGGUAGUUAGUAUUUAAAGUAAAAACAAGCAUAAAGGUAUGUUAGUGAUUGCACAAGGGGAUGGCAACAAAUCAUAAGCUUACUUUUCUUAGCACAUGACUACAGAAACAUCAAUAAAGAAACACUCUAAUGUGACAUCUACUGUCGAGAAUCACUUCUCUUUGGGCAUUCAGUAAACACAGACUCUAAGACUUGUCAUGGGAAGCAGCAAUUUACCCACUAAAGCUUCCCGUUAUCCUAAAUUAAAGGAAAUGAUUUAUCUUGUUGUCAGGAAGCAGGGUGGGUCUGUAGUCCCAUAUUAGAUUACUCAAGCACACUAAAUGCAUCCAAAAGCACUUUAAGACUCGUAGCACGAGUGACUGGUUGUUAACACAGCUCUGCUUAUUACAAUGUUUUAUUUACCCAGAAGUCUAAAUGUUAGUAUAACACUGGAGAAAAGGGUCUAGAUGACUUUGGUUGUACUAUGUGAAAUGUUACUACGAGGAAAAAAAAAUAAAAACACUUACUUUACAAACAAA